AUGGUGAAAUAUGUUUUAGCAAUUGUUUUGGCAAUGGAAUGUACAACAGAAGAAUUAUUUCAGGUAUUUUCUUCACUUAUUGAAGACUUAAAUAGAAAAGAAAUUAUCAAGUACAGGAGAAAGAUGAUUAAUCUGUACAUAAAUUUAAGCAUUGACAAGAUAUACAAAAAAGAAACAAGCCUUCCCAUGCUUUAUUCUUUAAGCAUAUGUAUGUAUUCUAUUCUACAUAGCGCCCUGGAUAAUGAGAAGGUGCUGAAGAGUGAAAUAAGAGAGAAGCUUCAGGAAGAAGUGCUUGACUAUGCAAGCAAAAGAGAAGUAUUAAAGAUACGUGCCAUAAUACUGGAUAUGUUUCAGGGAACGUAUACAGAAAAUUCGAAUUAUUCAGUCAAGCCAGAGCAAUGGGCAAUUAAAAUUGUAGAGGAUAUUCGCAUAUUUAUUGGAGAGAGAAAAAACAACCCAAAAGACAAGGAAGAUGUAUUUAAGGAGCCUAAAAGACUAAUUCUAGAAAGAGUAGAAGACCUUCUUGCAGAAGAGAUAAAAGAAGCUUUUUUAAGUAAGUCUAAGCCAUUUGGCAAAAAGGGAAAUCAGUUAAUUAUAAACAUACUUUAUAUAAAAAAGUAUCUUAAUGGCUAUGUAAAGACAGAAUCAAUGCAAAAAUUAAUAGAAACCGUGCAGGACAACUUUAAAGACCCGAAAGCAGUGGAAAGUAAUCUUUCUGAAUAUAUUUAA